GCCAGGAUAUCCUAGAUUCUCUCAGUAAUGAGUCUGGGUAGGAGUGGUCCAGGAGGGAGGCAGAGGAGGAAUCCCCCUCCCUGGUGGGAGGAAGGACGGGAGGGGUAAAUGAUGAGGUAGUCAUUUAAACUGCAGCAAUGGCUUGAAAAGGAGAAGGAGAACUAAAUCUGGGUAGGGGUACAGAGGUAACAUAAAGUGGGGGAGGGGCUGGAGGACAGAAACUCUGGGCUGGGGAAAGAGCGUGUGUCAUCUCUGCCCUGCAAUACCCAUGUCGGCCGCCAGGGGUCACAGAAGGUCUGUCUUUAUGGCUUUUUGGAGGGUCGAACUCCUUGGAGAGGGGAGAAAAGGGAAGAGAACACCACAGGACCUUUUGGCUUGAAAGUCUUGGAUACAGCGAGAGAAUGUUGGUACCCGUGACAGAAUAUUGAUAUUCGUCAGAGAACGUGUGGGGCGCGUUCUAGAACGUUGUCACGGGGAGUGGGUUGAUGUCAUCUUAAAGUGCUGAUAUGACUUAAAGAUAUUUAGCAUCUUAGUCACAGAAUCUCAAAACCAAAGUGAGGCCCUGGGAUUGGUGGACUCUGCCUGAGGAAAAGGGACUUCCCCCAAGGUCGCAUGGCCAGGGCACUGUGGCAGAGAGAGGAGGUGGGGAUUUCCUUCCUCCUUGCCGGAACCCUCUUCGUGGGCCCAUCUCCAAGCAUCCCCAUCGAACCCAGGUUGCAGGAAAGUCAGAGAGCUUGGCUGGUCCUGACUGUCCCUGAAAAACGGAACGGACGCUCCUGGUCCUUGAAGGCCCCCACACCAUCUUCCCCCGGGUGGUCCCCUGCAACCCGUAUCUCCUCGGCUUUCUAGAUGAUAAUCUGUCCGGCACCAGUGGCAUGGAGGUGGACGACCGCGUGUCGGCGCUGGAGCAGCGGCUGCAGUUGCAAGAAGACGAGCUGGCGGUCCUAAAGGCGGCGCUGGCGGACGCGCUGCGUCGCCUGCGGGCGUGCGAAGAACAAGGCGCGGCGCUGCGCGCGAGGGGCACCCCGAAGGGCAGGGCGCCCCCACGUUUGGGCACCACCGCCUCGGGUAUCCUGGUCGGGGUUGGAGGGUGUGACGAGGAGGGCUGGAGGCACGACCUCACGCUCAUCAUCUUCCGUGCUCUAACCCCAUCACUCCAGUGUGUCAACUCCUGAAAGGCCUUCCCACCAGGACUCCCCUCAAUGGCUCCGGACCCCCGCGUCGCGUGGGUGGCUAUGCCACCUCUCCAUCUUCCCCCAAGAAGGAGGCAAGCUCUGGGCG